UGUGCAUAAUAGUACUCGAGCAUAGAAUGAAUUAGAAUGUUAGUCGAUAAUCGAUAUUGUGAUACAAUAUAAAAUAUAGUUAAUUAUUUUUUAAUAUUGCUUUUUGUGCGGGGUCAUUGUUAAUUUCUCUUUUUCACAUUAAAUAAUAUCAAAAUGACUUUUAAAUUGAUAACAACUGUAUUUGUAAUUACAUGUUUCGCCUUGGUAUCGGGGUCAUAUGAAGAUAAAAGAUGCAAAUGUGUAUGUCCAAGUCCAGCUGCUGUCCUUAAUAACACAGUCGGCUCAGACCGGAAACUAUACAUUGGCAAUGUACCACCAAAUAAGUGCAACUGUGAUGGAGUGAUCCUGCCACGAGUCGGUGAAUUGAUCAAAGGACGAGAACAGGAAUUUUGUCCACGUUGUGAAUGCAAAUAUGAAAACAGGAAUACCACAAUAAUCAAAGUUGUUGUUAUCAUUGUGAUAUGGGUCAUCAUGCUUCUGGUAGCCUACAUGGGCUUUCUAAUCUGCCUUGAUCCACUUAUCAACAAAAGAGCUAAGGCUUCCUACCAAGAGCAUACUAAUGAGGAUGACGAAAGUACAAUCAGUGGAUCAUCACAACAAAUGGGGGCACGCGGGAAUGUACUGAACCGUGUCACUCAUCAACAAGAUAAGUGGAAGCGUCAAGUCAGGGAACAGCGACGCAACAUUUAUGACAGACAUACCAUGCUUAACUAGCAUGGAAUACAUAUGGAUUGUUUUAAUCCUGACACUAAGUUUCAAACAUACUCCUGAUAUUAAUUCAAUCCCUUUUAUAACAAGCAAAGCCAAGUAAACAAGCUUUGUCAUUACUUUUAUUAUAAAAUACAUAAAAUUUAAACUGUAUAAAAAGCCCAUAUUCACAAAGAACAUGCAUAUGGUCCACCAUUCAAUUCAUAAACAAUGCUCGAGAGAUGGACAAUGCUUUGCAUUCAUUGAAGGUAUAGAUAAAGUGACUGAACUGGAUUGAUCAAAUUAAGUAAUACAUAGUUGUCAUUGAAAGAUAUGGAAGUGACAAUUAAUGUGAAUUAAUAUUUAAUUUUGCUUAUUAAACUAUUUUUAUAAUAAGGAGGACUAUAGCAGCGAAGAUUAUAGCAAUUAUACUGAACACAUUUCCCAAUUAAUUCACCAAAAUCACAAAUACAAGUAUUGACAAUCCUAGAAAUUUACAACAAAAAUAAGGUUUUAUUUACUCUAUAUGCAGAUCGGUAUUCGAAGCACUGCGUUUUUAUAGCAAAGGAAAACUCUAGUAUUGUUUGUGAAUAUGGGUGUUAACCGAAUAAAAAAUAUCAUUGCAUACAAUUAUUUAACAUUUUAGUGAAAUGUUUAAAUAUAAAAGUUUAAAUAAAAUCUUCAUCAAUAUGAACGAAAUGAAAUUUAAUAUUAAAUAUAUUGUCUUAAGUAAUAUUGUAGAAAAUGUUUACCUAUAAACUAUGAAUAUGUUUCAAGAGCAAUAAGAAAACAACAAAAAAAAAUUAGAACUAGUACAAUA